AUGAGUGUAACUCUAAACAAGAUAAAACCCUUUUUAGCCAUGAUAUCACUUCAAUUUGGGUAUGCAGGAAUGUACAUUAUCACCCUUGUGUCGUUCAAGCGCGGAUUUAGCCAUUGGAUUUUCGUCGUGUACCGCCAUGCAGUCGCUACACUGGUGUUUGCUCCGUUCGCGUAUUUUCUCGAGAAGAAAAUAAGGCCUAAGAUGACAAAAUCAAUAUUCUUCAAGAUUCUGGUUCUUGCUUUCUUGGAGCCAGUGUUGGACCAGAAUUUGUACGGUGUGUCGAUACAGUACACGUCCGCUACAUUUGCAGCCGCGUCCGUUAACGUUCUCCCGGCCAUCACCUUCGUAUUGGCUGUAAUUUUCAGGAUGGAGAAGGUGAAUCUGAAAAAGACUCCAAGCUUAGCUAAAGUCGUCGGAACACUAAUAACAGUCACCGGAGCCAUGGUGAUGACGCUGUACAAGGGCCCACCGCUGGGCCUCUUCCACGGCGGCGGCAGCCACAAGGCUGCCGGCUCCUCCGCCGAUCAGCACUGGGUCUCCGGCACUAUUAUGAUGCUCGCUUGUAUCGUGGGCUGGGCCGCCUUCUUUAUCUUGCAAAACAAGACACUGAAAGAGUACCCGGCUGCCCUGUCACUGACGUCAUUGGUAUGCGUGUUCGGGACUUUGGAAGGCGGAGUCGUGGCCGUGAUUAUGGAGCGACGAAAGAGUGCUUGGGCCAUCGGGUUCGACUCUAGGCUUCUUGCAGCUGUAUACUCGGGGAUUGUUUGUUCGGGAUUAGCGUACUACCUGCAAAGCGUAGUGAACAAGACGAGAGGCCCGGUUUUCGUGACCGCGUUUAGUCCUCUUAGUAUGAUCAUCACAGCCAUCUUGAGCGCCAUAUUCUUGGCCGAGCAAGUUCAUCUCGGAAGCCUAAUAGGGGCAGUGAUCAUAGUGUCUGGGCUUUACUCUGUUGUUUGGGGCAAAAGCAGAGAGAACUCAGCUUCAGACAAGGCUUCACCACUGUACGAUGAAGGCAAAGCCCAAGAACUACCGGUCAUCGGUGCUGAUGUCAUCCAAGCGAACGGUAACCCAAAGGUUAAUGUUAACAACGACAAGACUUUCUUAGAACAAGAGCCUUGA